AUGGAAUGCUUUCACUGUCAUGUCGCCGAGCUGCCCUUGAUCGUCCCGGAAGAGAUGGUCGAAGAGCCAUGCUUCGACAGAGUCCAGAACUUGAUCUCCAUUGGCUCGGAGAAUAUGCUUUUGUCUGGUGGGACGGUUGUGUCCAGCAAAGACAACUUGGCUGCUAAUUUCCGCCCCUACUGGUCUCAAUUGACCGUGCUUGAUCCCGUCCAAGACACGCCGGAUCCAUGCAAAGGACGCUCGACCACUACCACAUCCGCCUCGCUCCCAAGGGGCACUACGUAUCGGCCCCAACUCACAGAAAACGAUAAAGACUACAAGGGCGUAGACGACACGCACCCACACAUAUCAAAUGGACACAUUGACUUCCACGACAUGUUCACAGUCAUCAUCAUCACCAGUAUGAUUGGUUUUGGUGCCUCACUAUUGAUACCCUCUAAGCCCACUGGGUUUCUCGGUCUCCCGCCCAUUCUACUGGGCAUUUGGAAGCUCGUUGAGGUUCUCUUUCCCGAGGAGGAUGAAGAAUCGGAAAAAUCAAAGAUUUCCGGUGUGAAGAGCAUACUCAGAGUCUCAGCCAUCACAGUGAUGAAUGGGGGAGACAACAUCGGAACAUAUAUACCGCUGUUUGCGCAAGCAAAGGCCGCAGAAAUAGCGGUACACAUUGUCACUUAUUACAUCUUAGUCGGAGUGUGGUGUCUCGUUGCGUUCUUGGUUAUGAAGCAGGGGCAUAUCUGGCUCAGAGCUAAGAAAUAUGCGAGUGUGGUGGUCCCUGUUCUCUAUUUGGGCCUCGGCGUGUACAUCAUCGUCAAGUUAUCGUGCUACCGGUGGUCGAUCGAACGCAUUGACGAUUCAACUUCUAUACACCUGGGUCAAAGUAUUAUGGCUGUUGUGACAACAGUUCUUCUUUUGGCAUGCAUAGGCGCUAUGCUAUGGUCCAAGCUGCGGAAAGAAGUUUCUCGACGUCCUGACUCGGACGUUUCUCAAGGAAAUAGUCCUUCCCCUACUGCGGAAACUGAGCUGUCAAGCUCAUAUCCCCCCGUCUGA